AACUAGAAAACUUAUUUAUUUACUUUUCGCCGUUGUACAGAACGAAAGUGUUCGCGCGUGAGUUGUAGAUUUCGUUUUUCUCGGGCAAAGCAGUUCACAAGUUCAAGUGGAGAAAAUGUCGGAAAGUGAAGCAAAGUUUGAUUCCGUUUUGUUUGCGAUGGCAGAACAACAUCCUGGCGGUGUACCGGAGAUGUUAGCCACAUUCGCAGGUUUUUUGAACAGAAAGACUGACUUCUUUGUCGGCGGAGAGGAAUGCGACUGGGAAAAGCUGGUGUUGAAAAUAUUUCGCCAAGAAGCAGCUAAAUCACAGGAAGUGGCAAGAAAAAAGCGCGAGGAGCGUGAGGCAGCAGAACGACGGCGACAGGAAGUGCUGCGUAAGAAAAAGGAACAGGAAGAACAAAGCAAUUCAGCUUCCAUUACCGAGCUGACCGAAGAAGAAGCAGAACAAUUGCAGAAGGAACUCGAUUCGAAAAAACAAACAGAAAGUGAACCACCUGUGACAACGGCAGCGACAGAUGAGGAAAAGGAGAAUAAAGCAGGAAGUGAUACGGAGGACGUAGAGCCGGGUGAUGAAGGUAAGCUGAAACCAAACCGAGGCAAUGGGUGUGAUCUGGAAAAAUACAACUGGACCCAGACGCUGCAGGAAAUUGAGUUGCGCGUUCCGUUCGAUGUAAAGUUUACUUUAAAAGCGAAAGAUGUCGUUGUGAACAUGCAGCGAAAGUCACUCAAAGUAGGCUUGAAGGGGCAUCCGGCUAUUAUUGAUGGGGAGUUAUAUUCAGAGAUCAAAAUCGAAGAUUCACUAUGGCAUCUGGAGAAAAACACGGUAGUAAUAACGUUCGAAAAGAUAAACCAAUUGAAUUGGUGGGAUCGAUUGGUGACAACAGAUCCACAGAUUAAUACGCGCAAAAUUAAUCCGGAAUCGUCGAAAUUGUCCGAUCUGGAUCUUUCGACGCGCAGCAUGGUCGAAAAGAUGAUGUACGACCAGCAGCAGAAGGAGAUGGGUUUACCGACGAGCGACGAGCAGAAGAAACAGGAUAUGUUAAAGAAGUUCAUGGAACAGCAUCCUGAGAUGGAUUUUUCGAAGUGUAAGUUUACCUAAACGAUCGAACGGGUUCGAAGGGUCCAAUCGAUUUGGAAACUUCCUCUGUUUACCAUCCUUUCCACGAACCAAUCGAACUGUGUGGUGUGCUCGAUCGGCUGCACAUGACAAAAUUAUCAGGUGGUAUGAUCGAUCGGUACUCUAAAAAAGGUUUUUAGAAUGCUGCCGCGCUCUCAUAGGCCAUCACCAUUCUCUAUGGUCUGUUUGUACUUUUGUGAUGCAGAUAGCAUGUAGCUUGACCGCUGGUUCAUAGCUACGUUUACUUUCCACGUAUUAUAUUGUAAUUUACACCCAUUGACGUAGAAAAUAGAGUGUCAUCGUUUAAGAGUUCCUUCAA